AUGGAAGUCUUCCACGAUGCGCCAAAUCCCUCAUCUUUUGUCCCGCUCGCUGAGCAUCAAUCGCGCACGCCCGCGUCGUUCUAUUCCGGUCCUCCAAUUCUUCACCACCUCAGCGAAAGAUGCAAAGUCAUCAUCCUGGAAGCAGAACUGGUUAGCACGCCUGCGUUGAGCGGUCUGAGGCCCUCCAACGUUGAGCAUGGAGUCAACGGUAGUUCAUCUGCUGAAGGACCUCAAAGCCCGCGCCAGGAGAUCGCGAUAGACGGCGUGGAUGUUUGGGUUACAGCUGAGAAGCUGCUGCUCUACAAUCCAGCUGCUGCCACAGGUGUCGCGAUCCCUUACCCAACUAUCUCCCUUCACGCGAUCCAGCGUCUCAAGGUACCCGGAUCAUCGGAUGCCACGGACGUGCAGGGUCUAUAUAUGCAACUCUCCACUGGGAGCGGCGCUGAUAGCAUGGAAGAAGAUUUGGAGGAAGACGCUGUUUCGUUGACCAUUGUACCCCAAAGCCUACAAUCAGAGGCUAAGGGAGAGGCCGACGAUGAGUCCCUGCCUAUGGAAGACAAAGCUACUGACAGCCCAACUGAGCUCUUGUUCGCAGCUCUCUCGGCUUGCUCCAACCUCCAUCCGGACUGCGCCGCUGGCAAUGAAGAGGUGAACGAUGAACCACAAAUCGGAAACAGUAUACUAUUUCAGAAUGGGUUGGUGAUGCCAGGCGACAACACCGGCGGGCUUCCUCCGGCUAUGCCUGGAAGUGGGGGGUGGAUUACAGCAGAGAAUAUGCAUGAGUAUUUUGACGAAGAAGGCAAUUGGAUCGGUGGCGAUCAGGGGCCUCUAGGCCCAGGUGCUGGUUCUAUCCGACCCAGAGAGGAAGGGAAUGGAACAGACGGCGGAGACAACGGUGGGACAGAAGAAACGAAGUGGCGAAGAACCGAAGAUUCAUGA